GCGCCGCCGCCGGAGCUCCAGGCCGGUCACCCGCGCCAGGCGUUAUCAGGGGCCGCGCGGCCGGCGCACGGGCGGCAGGAGGCUCCCGAUAGGGGAGCGCCUGGGCGCCAAUCGAGGGCACCAGGCCGGCCCACCCAACCCGGCGGCGGGUCUCUUCUCCCCCAGGUCCCCCCGGGAGCCCGGAGAGCCGCGCGGGGACAGGGGCCGGGAAGACGCGCCGGGCAGGUCGGGCCCGCAGCGAUCCCGCGGCCGGUGAGCGCACUGAGCCGCCGCCUCCGAGCAGGCGCCGGACUGCCGCCUCGGGGAGCGCCUGGCCUCUGGCUCCGGGCCCACGGCUUGCCCGCUCCGCCGUUCCCGGUCGCGAAGAUGUCGGCCAAGCCCGACGUCGGCUUCGUGAGCGAGGCUUCUCGGCAGAUCCUGGCCGGCGGUUCCGCGGGUCUUGUGGAAAUCUGCCUGAUGCACCCCCUCGAUGUGGUGAAAACCAGGUUCCAGAUUCAGAGAUGUGCAACUGAUCCAAACAGUUAUAAAAGCUUAGGAGACAGCUUUCGAGUGAUUUUCCGAACCGAGGGGUUGUUUGGUUUUUAUAAGGGAAUUCUGCCACCCAUCUUGGCUGAAACACCAAAAAGAGCAGUGAAGUUUUUCACCUUUGAGCAGUACAAGAAAUUGCUAGGAUAUGUGUCACUGUCACCAGCGUUGACAUUUGCCAUUGCUGGACUGGGAUCUGGACUAACAGAAGCCAUCGUGGUUAACCCUUUUGAGGUAGUAAAAGUUGGCUUGCAAGCCAAUCGGAACAAAUUUACAGAGCAACCAUCUACCAUGAGUUAUGCAAGACACAUCAUUAAGAAGGAAGGCUUGGGACUCCAGGGCCUCAACAAAGGAUUUACAGCAACUUUGGGACGUCAUGGGGUUUUCAACAUGGUUUAUUUUGGCUUCUACUACAAUGUCAAAAACAUUGUUCCUGUCAAUAAGGAUCCAACCUUGGAGUUUUUGAGAAAAUUUGGGAUUGGUCUUCUCUCGGGUACAAUAGCCUCAGUCAUUAACAUCCCUUUUGAUGUUGCCAAAAGUAGGAUUCAAGGGCCUCAGCCAGUUCCUGGAGAAAUCAAGUACAGAACCUGUUUUAAAACAAUGGCAAUAGUCUAUCGGGAAGAAGGGAUUUUAGCUUUGUACAAGGGCCUGCUUCCCAAGAUUAUGAGGCUUGGACCAGGUGGUGCAGUGAUGCUGCUGGUUUAUGAAUAUGCCUACUCAUGGCUUCAGGAGAACUGGUGAUUGCCUAGGAAGGGUUUUCCCACUUGAAAUAAUGCAUAUUUACUAAAUAGCACCAUGACGAGAGACUAUCAAUCAGCUAAGUUGAUACAAUUAUAAAUUAUAAUUAUACAAUUAUAUACAAUUAUAAAGGGGAAAACAGUUUGUUCAAGAACAAAACUUAUUUUGAUAUUCAAAAAUUAUCUGUAGGGGCCCACCCGGUGGCGUAGUGGUUAAGUUCACAUGGCCCAGGGUUCAUGGGUUCGGAUCCCUGGCGUGGACCUACGCACCGCUCAUCAAGCCAUGCUGUGGCAGCAUCCCACGUACAAAAAAAUAGAGGAAGAUUGGCAUAGAUGUUAGCUCAGAGCCAAUCUUCUUCAGCAAAAAGAAGAGGAUUGGCAACAGAUGUUAGCUCAGGGCGAAUAUUCCUCAUCAAAAAAAAAAAACUACCAAAAAAAAGAAGAAAAAAUUAUCAUCUCUAGACAAUUUGACUGUAGUUUUAGCCAUAUCCAUAAAACUGUGAGAAGAAAAAUCAUAUGAAGCAAUGAGGUAUGUAAACUGAAUACAGAAAAAAUAGCAUAGAAUCAGAUAUAUUUCAUAAAAGCAAUAUAAAUUUUGUGACCUGUGUUCCUCUUACACUGCUUCACAAUGAAAAUUCAUUGUAUUGAUCAUUAUUUUUUCCCGAGAAGUCAAGAAAUAUUUAAAGUAAAAAAAUAAAUAAAUAAAAAUAAGCCAAAAUUUAGAGUUUUAUGAGGAAUGAAAAUUCUUCUAUAAAUAUUUAAAGGAUACAAGGAAAAUUUUUUUAAAGUACACGAAAAUGGCCUUCUAAGAAUGUUACAUUUUAUGUUAAAAUGUAAAUCUGUUGGUUUUUUUUAGUAAUAAUACACAUCUCAGCUGUAUUUCCCUAAGGCUACUUUAUAUUUUACACUGUUGUUUAAAGCAGGUCAUAUUUUAAAAUCAUGAUAGUUGAAGUCUUUUAUGACAAAUAGAAAACAUGAAAUUAUAUUAAACUACUUUCCUUCGCAUAGUUCCCUUUGAAAACAAGUUUUGUUGCUGAAAUAUUUUCAUGUCAAAUCACAAAUUGGAACCACUCCUAGGGCCCAUUUUGUGCUAUCUGUAUUUGCAUCCCAAUAUCUUUGUUGAGAAUUCUUACCCAGGCUAUUCUUAAAAAGAAUAUUUAGAGUAAAACUACAUUUCCAGGUUAUUAAAGUGACAGCUUCAGGUGUGAAGUCUGCUAUCUGCAGUGUUAAAAUAUGUAUUAUGAAGGGAAAAAAUGUUUCAAAAUAGAAGUACAUUCUUAGCAUUUCCAAAGAUUCUUGUACUAACAUGCACUUCAAAAAAUAUCUCCUUGGCCUUAAUAUAACCCCCUUUGAUUGUAUAUCUGCAUCCUGAAAUGAUCUCCUUCAGUGGCUAAAAAUCAACAAAAAUACCUGCACGUUCUAGAUGAUGCCUGUUCUUACCUACUACUAUGGGAUAUUUCUACCAUGAGGCUAUGUCACUAAAGCAUUUUGAAAAUAAAAAAAUAAAAGAUAACAUGGUAAUUAUUACUUUUUAUUAAUUUAGAGCAUUUGAAGUAUAAAAAUAAAG